AUGGCACAGACACCAGCCUCGAUGUUGGCGGCGGGGAAGUUCAUCGUCGAUUCCCGAUACGCGACAACUGAGCAGGAGGAAAGCAUUCUGCAGGACAUUACCGCCAGGUUCCCCAAUGUGGUGCUCAUGAAGCAGACUUCCCAGCUUCGAGCCAUGAUGACCAUCAUUCGCGAUAAAAAGACGCCCAAGGAGGAAUUCGUCUUCUACGCCGACCGCUUGAUUCGCCUUCUCAUCGAAGAAGCCUUGAACGAGCUGCCGUUUGAGCAGAAGGAAGUGACGACUCCGCUGGACGCGCCGUACCAGGGUGUCUCCUUCUCCUCGAAGAUCUGCGGCGUCUCGAUCGUGCGCGCGGGCGAGUCGAUGGAAAGCGGGCUGCGGGCCGUCUGUCGCGGCUGCCGGAUCGGCAAAAUCCUCAUUCAAAGGGACGAAGAAACUGCGGAGCCCAAGCUCAUCUACGAAAAGCUUCCCGUCGACAUUCGCGAGCGCUGGGUGAUGCUGCUGGAUCCGAUGUGCGCGACGGCUGGGAGCGUGUGCAAGGCGAUCGACGUCCUCCUGAAGCUCGGUGUGAAGGAAGAGAGAAUCAUUUUCGUCAACAUUUUGGCUGCGCCUCAAGGCAUUGAACGCGUUUUCAAGCUCUACCCCAAUGUCCGAAUGGUGGCUGCUGCGAUCGAUGUUUGCUUGAACUCGAAGUACUACAUCGUCCCGGGCAUUGGCGAUUUCGGAGACCGGUACUUUGGAACCAUGUAG